UGAUACCCGUUUCUUUCCUCAGCGCUGGUUAGUCUUGUCGUUGUUGUUGGAGUCCUAUCCUAACGUGACUGAAUGGGAUAAUAUAAAUUGGAUUUUACUAUUUUAAAUGAUUCUAUGUUUUAGCAUACAUAUGUUUUCGAUCAGACAUAAUAACAUCUUAAUCCCUGGUGAGAUUUGAAUGCGGCUCGUUUUCUAUGCGCUCGAGCGCCGCCUAGAGGAAUAAAAGUUCCUCACAUUAGCAGUAAAGCAGAGCUGCACAUUGACAUGGCGAAAUUCCUCAGUCAAGAUCAAAUCAACGAGUACAAAGAGUGUUUUUCGCUGUACGACCAGAAGCGCGUUGGUAAAAUGAAGACGCAGGAUCUGCUGACGGUCAUGAGAUCUCUGGGCCGAUGUCCGACCCUGCCAGAACUCGACAGACACUUACUGACCCAUAAAAUCGAUAAGAGCGGCGAGUUGGACUUCUCCACGUUUCUCAGCGUGAUGCACGCGCAGAUCCGGCGGGAACACCCUCGGGAUGAGAUCCUGCGGGCCGUGAGGCUGAUGGACACGGAGAAGCGAGGCUUCAUCACGGUGCCGGAGCUCAGGGUCAGACUGACGGGCUUUGGAGAACAACUCACAGAUCAAGAAGUCGAGGAGCUGCUGGGUGAAGCCGGCGUGGCGUGUGAUCAGAUCCACUACGAGGACUUCGCCAAGAUGGUGGCGUUUCUGACGGUCGGUGCCGAACACACUUCAGACCACCAAUAAAUCAGCCUCUAAAUCUUCCCAAAACAGCAGAACAUGACAAACUUCACAACCCUGACCAUAUUUAACUGAUAAAGCACCUGCCAAACGCUUCCAAUCAUUAACUAACUGUGGGAUUGUUUUGAAAGUGACCAGAUGUGG